UCUGAGUUAAGCGUCGUGGCGUCUAAGGUACUCGUGUUUCCGGUAUCGCCCGUCAAUAACAACAAACCAUCGUUACGUGUCCUAGGUCUAGUCGUGUCGAUUUAAGGUUGCCAUCUUUACACUACGUAUACAGAAAUAAGAAGAUGAAGGCUUUGAUUCUAGUGGGAGGUUAUGGAACUAGGUUACGACCCUUGACCUUAAGUUGUGCAAAGCCCUUAGUAGAAUUUGGAAAUAAACCUAUGCUUCUUCAUCAACUAGAAGCUCUGGUCGAGGCAGGAGUCACACACAUUGUGCUAGCUGUGAGCUACCGUGCUGACCAGAUGGAGCAAGAACUUAAAAAUGUGGAAAAAAAGUUGGGUGUGAAGAUAAUUAUUUCUUUGGAAUCGGAACCUUUAGGAACAGCUGGACCUUUAGCUUUAGCCAAGGAACAUCUUAAUAAAGACAAUGAACCCUUCUUUGUUCUCAACAGUGAUGUCAUUUGUGAUUUCCCCUUUAAACAGAUGGUUGAGUUUCACAAACACCAUGGCAAAGAAGGAACAAUUAUGGUGACUAAAGUUGACGAGCCAUCCAAAUAUGGUGUUGUUAUUUACGAUGCAGAAAAUGGAAGGAUACAACAAUUUGUUGAAAAGCCACAAGAAUAUGUCUCAAAUAAAAUCAAUGCAGGGAUGUACAUAUUUAAUCCUUCGAUACUGAACAGAAUUUCUCUGAAGCCAACUUCUAUAGAAAAAGAUGUUUUUCCUUUCAUGGCCAGUGAUAGUGAGCUGUACGCUAUGGAACUCCAAGGAUUUUGGAUGGAUGUUGGUCAGCCUAAAGACUUCCUCACAGGGAUGUGUAUGUACCUCGGCUCUCUGCGCCAGAAGUCACCUGACCAAUUACACAGUGGAGAGGGCACUGUGGGAAACGUUUUAGUUGAUCCAAGUGCGAAGAUUGGUAAGAACUGUCGUAUUGGCCCUAAUGUGACAAUAGGGCCGGACGUGGUCAUAGAAGAUGGUGUGUGUGUCAAACGUUGUACAAUACUAAAGGGAGCCACAAUCAAAUCUCACUCGUGGAUAGAGUCCUGCAUCAUAGGCUGGAAAUGUGUGCUAGGUAGAUGGGUGAGAAUGGAAAAUGUCUCUGUGUUAGGGGAGGAUGUCACUGUAAAGGAUGAACUGUAUAUCAACGGAGGGCGAAUUUUACCUCACAAAUCGAUCGGAACAUCUGUGCCUGAACCUCAGAUCAUCAUGUAGUCAGAAAUUAUUCAUAGCAUGACUUCUUAUAUUCUGUCAUCUUGCUCAUUGAAAGUAUGACAUGUACAAUUGACAGCUAUCAGAAUGUGUUGUGUAAAUUUGAACCUAAGAUUUUGUGCUAAGAAAAUAACUUAUUUUUUAUCAUUGAUUAUAAAUUUAACAAUCUGCAUAAUUUAUGUUCUGAAUGAGACACAGAUUUGAGUGUGAAAGUUGUUUUAACAGGACAAAAAAUCUGGUAAUAAUGAUUGAAUGUUCAAAAGAAACGUACAGUCAAAGGGAGACUAUCCAUGUGGGAAUAUUUUUGUAGAUAAUGUAGGUAGUUUUAAGAGGUCUUUAGGUUUUUAGACUUUUAACUGUCCUAUCUACAGAAUAAUCUUUGUGUGGACAUUCACUUCUUAAAUAGGUUGUUCUUAUUCACCAUUGCCUUGGUUUAUACAUUCCGAUGUGUUAGAUUUGGAUCCCUUAAUUCCCUUUCUUUGUCCUUUAGCUGAAUAUCAAAUAUCUUUGACCACAUAAUAACAUUUAUUAUGAAGUCAGUGUAUAAAACAUUGUUCUGAUAACCUAAGUUCAUUUCUAUGUGCAGUUUGUCAUUUAAGGAGGUUAUUUUUAUAUACAGUGCCUACAUACAUUACUUUGUUUGUAUUUGUUGUGUUUUUUGAAACAAUCAAAUUAGAUGUAAACCAAGUUUAAUUAUUGCAGUUUAUUUUCUGUUGUGUUUAGAAUUUUCCACCAAUUCACUGUUAAUGUUAUUUCACUAAUACUUUGCAGUACUUAUAAUACAUCUGCAACAUAAUGACAUCACAGUCCCUAGAUCUGGAGUCUGUUCAUAUAUUGAAAAGGUUGGUUUUAGGUAUAAUUAUUUUUCAAAUGUUUAGAUGUCGUUUAAUACUCUUAAACCCUUGAAUUUUUAAACACUUACAUAUAUAGGGAAAGUUUAUAGGGAAAGGGUAUUUUGAAACUUUUGAUUGUUGCCUUAAUUUCACAAAGAAAAUAUGUUUCAAAAUUAAUCAAUUUUACAAAAUAUAAAAAAUAUUUCUGUAACGGUGCAACUGAACUGGAACAAAAACAUUCAUCAUCUCAGUCAUAGAGGCUGUUGGUCUAUUUCAGGAGUAUUGGAUAUAUUAAAUGUUUUUCAAACUGUUUUCACAUUCCUAUUUUAAGUUGUUAUACCAUUUCAAUGAAAUCCAUGAGUUUUAUGAGACACUGCUCUAAACAAAAAGUGAAAUACUCACCAAGCUGCUGUACACACAUAUCGACUGUUAAUUUUAGCAGAAAUAGAUGAUUUAGAGAUCAUUUUCAUUUAAAUUGAUAUGUGUAGAAGUAAAAUCAGACUGUUUACCUCAUUCACCCAUGAAGUUUCACCUUUGAAUUGGAAGAGUUCAAAUGUGUCUUCAGGGAUGAAUGAGUUAGGAAACAGUUACACAUAUAAUGAGUAUGUUAGAUAUCAAAGCUAUUAUUAAAUCCACAUUUACACACUGUUCUGUAAUAAGAUGUACAUAUAAUUUUUGACCUUGACUGUUGCGAAGAUAUUUAAAAACUUUUCUUGAAUAAAUAUGAUUUGAUAUGACCAGGCAAUAUGAAUGUGAGAGAGACGUGCUUGUACAAAUGCCAUUGCUUGUAGAUUUAGGCUGUGUAUCUGUGCUAAAUAUUGAUACAUAUGUAACUUAAAACCAAGGAAUAUACUAUGCAAUUUGGGUUGGUAGUAUUUUAGAUAGGCUUAUACAUUAAAAUAAUAAACCAAUGCGUGCGUAAAGAGUUACUUUCCUUGCUAUAUGUAGACCUUAUUUUUUUUGUCCAAAAGUAUUUGACCUCUUGUUUCAGGUCCCAUUGGACCUCUUGCUUCAGGUCCCAUUGGACCUCUUGCUUCAGGUCCCAUUGGACCUCUUGUUUCAGGUCCCAUUGGACCUCUUGCUUCAGUUUUGUUUUGUUUGCUUAUAUCUUUAUACAUCUACAUCGAUAUAUUGUCAAAUUUUUAAUAUGAGCUUAAGUUAUUUAAGGGCAAGCAGUCGGGCAGUUGAGAGGAAUUGAAUCCUAGUCAUGUUGGUGAAGGCGAGCGUGUGAAACGCUGCGCAACCCGAGCAUCCAUAUAUUUUAGGGUUUUCAUGCGAAAAUGACAUUGCAAAUACCAAUCAUCUAUGAUACAAAAAUUCUACAUAAAUGUUGGUCUUAAAAUCUGAUUAGAGCUGGUGCUGACCUUAAUAAAUCUGAUCAUAUCUUAUUAGGAUAAAGUAAAUAUCAGAUAUCAGCAAAAGCAAUGCUGUUUUCAUGUUGCUUUACCUUUUAAUAUUAUGAGUUAGCUUUAAGGUUUUCAGUAUUAUUUAUACCCAAUAUCUUGUGUUUCAGAAUUCUAUAAGAUGUUCUGUUCCCAGUACUUUUGGUGCUUAAAACAUGAUGUGUUGGUACGUUUUAGUAAAGAGAACAAACAUUGAAUAAUCUUGAAAUAUAAAACCAGCAACACACAGAAAAGGUUGAAACCUUAGACCAAGUGUGAAAAUGUUUUAAAUGUAUCAAAAGAUCUUUCGGGAAGUACUGAAAUAUCAUACACAAUGCACAAGUGUUGGAACAAUAUGUACAUCUCGGUACCAAAAUGACUGAGUUUUGUAACAUCUACUUUAAAUUUCAAAUCUUUAUCUAUUUUACAACAAUUAUCAAAUGAGCUGUAUCAACUAAAGUUUAUUCCCUUUUGUUCGCCUUGAUAAAAGUGCACCAAGGGUGUUAAUGUGGGAGAAAAUCGGAGUACCCUGCAAAAACUCAGAAAAUCUGCCAUAUGCCCCCCAUAACUAUUCCUGCCUGAAUGGUUAAUCAAACCUGGAUGUUUUGGUAAAAGACGAGUGUUGUAUUUGUGUGUUAAACUGGGACGGCAUCAUGAAGACCAUGGAUGUCAAAUAACUUUCAGGAUGGCGAUGUGGACUAUCUUAUGAUGACAUGUUUAUUUUGUGGUAUAUAAACUAUUUAUAACGUAAUAAAAUUGUCUUGAACUUGAA